ACGCACCAACCGUCGGUAUUUGAAUCGGCGGCGGGCGCUCCGAGUCCGGGACUGGCGCCUCCCGUUCCGUCCUCGGCUCUGCGCGGCGGCGGGCAGGAUGAGUCUGCUGAUCCCCAGUGACGAGAAUGUCACCGCCGCCGAUAGGCGCGCAGAAAGCUGCGACUUCCUGUUUGCACCACCCGACCUCAGCGGAAGGUCGCCCGUGCUCCGGCCGUCACAGAAGGAGAAUGUGCCGCCCAAGAGCACGGCCAGGGCUCUGAAGGUGACUUUCCAGACGCCUCUGCGGGACCCGCACACUCACAGGAUCUUGACCCCCAGCAUGAGCAGCAACCUCGAGGCCUGCUGUGCCCCGGGUGACGCCAUCGGAGUAGAGAGCUCCCCUCGAGCCUGGACCCACAGAGAGGACCAACAGUUCACCAAGGAAGUGGACACCAAACCUACCGAUGAAACUCUACAGAGACCUGCGGUGGCUGCCGCCCACCCCCCUCCGGAGGACGCGAGACCAGCCUCUGAAGACGGGCAUCGCUGCCAGCCUGCCUCCACACCCCAGGCCCGCCCGGAUCCCUCCGGCUGUCCCCAGCCUCCCGCGAGUCUUGAAAACCAGUUCCCAUCUCCACAAGGAAUGUCUGAUGGCCCUGGGCGAGGCUUGGAGGAAAACGAUGGUUCCUACUCCCUGGAGAAAACCAUUGCACCCACCCCUGAAGUUCUAGAAGAUCCUCCCAGGGUCACAUCCCCAGACAGAACAGAGGACCCUCCCAGAGCCACAGGAGAGAGCUCAAACGGACCCCCUGCCUCCUCAGCUGAGGCCCCCUCGCCCCCUGCUGCUCACCCCCAAGUAGCCCUCGGAGAAGACCCGGCCACAGACCUGCCUGGGGCCCUGGCCAGCCCUGAGAACGCUUCUGGUCCUGAGAGCACGGCCCCGGCCGGUCCUCUGGAGGCUGGAGGGGCGACGGCCCCAAGUCCUUGGGAGGAGGAGACCAGUGGCCAAACGGCCAGCUCUUCGGGCAAGGGGCCCGUAAGGCUAGAGUUUGACUUUUCUGAUGAUGCCACCAGCAAAAGGCCGCGCCCACCCAGGAAACUGGGGCGGAAACCAGAGGCGAGGCCGGAAGCGCCCCCUGCGGAGGCGGGCGAGGGUCCCGUUCCUCCUCCCCGGGGGGCUUACAGCCUGGACUGGGACAAGCUGGAAGACCCAAACUUCAACCCGUUCGGGGGCCACGGAGAGCCCUGUGCCCCGGGACGCCCCCAGGGCGGGCCGGUGGGGCCUGGGGCUGCAGGGGACUCACCUCCGAGCAGGCAGGUGCCUCCAGCCUCAGCAGACGGCACACCUGUGAUACAGACCACGGCGGGGACGGCGGGACCGGUGGGUGAGGAGGGAACCGCGACUCCUCCAGAGCCAGCAGCUGCCCGCAGCCGUCCGGGCACCGAGCCCACAGCCCCUGCCGCCGACCCAGCGCCCCCCGCUCCGCAGGGGCCCGAGCCUGCCUGGGACCCGAGGGAGGAGCACUUCCAAGACGCAGCUGCGGUUCUAGGCAUGGGGGUCGACGUGGACUACCUGGAGCAGUUCGGGACGUCCCAGUUUAAGGAGUCAGCCCUGAGGAAGCAGUCCCUGUACCUCAAGUUCGACCCGCUCCUGAAGGACAGCCCUGAGAGGCCUGCGCCCGCGGCCCCCAAGACCAGCAGUGCGCCGGGCGCCGAGGCGCCUGCCGGUGGGGGCCCGCCCGAGGGCCCGCUGGUGGACCUGGACUUCCCGGCGGGGCCGGGCCUUGCUGUGCCCCCACCUCCGUGUGUGCUCAGGCCCGGGGGCCCCCUCGUGGACGUGCUACAGUACAGCCAGAGGGACCUGGACGCGGCGGUGGAGGCGGCACAGAAGGAGGUCCUGCAGCUGAGGAGCCAGUGUGAGGAGCUGCACCAGAAAAACCUGGAGAUGGGGAAGGUCAUGGACGGGUACGAGAGCUUCAUGUACCAGGCGAUGGAGGAGGCUCAGAAACAGCAGGAACUUGCCAAAGCCGAGAUCCAGAAGGUUCUGAAAGAAAAAGACCAGCUGAGCACAGAUCUGAGCUCCAUGGAGAAGUCCUUCUCCGACCUCUUCAAGCGGUUUGAGAAGCAGAAGGAGGCGAUCGAGGGCUACCGGACGAAUGAAGAGUCGCUGAAGAAGUGUGUGGAGGACUACAUUGUCAGGGUCCAGAAGGAAGGCCAGCGGUACCAGGCGCUGAAGGCCCACGCGGAGGAGAAGCUCCGGCUGGCCAACGAGGAGAUCGCCCAGGUCCGGAGCAAGGCCCAGGCGGAAGCGCUGGCCUUCCAGGCGAGCCUGAGGAAGGAGCAGAUGCGUGUCCAGUCGCUGGAGAAGGCCGUGGAGCAGAAGACGAAAGAAAACGACGAGCUGACCAGAAUCUGUGACGACCUCAUUUCCAAGAUGGAGAAGAUCUGACAUGGGGGUCCCCGCCCUGCACACACCUGCCCUCCUGUCUGUCUGUCUGUCUGUCAGGUUUCAUGUUCUUUCUCCUCUCCUCACCUCAGCUCGUGUUUAAACUGAUCACUUUAGAAACGAGACUAAAUAAAACGUGAGUUUAGCACUGA